GCUACCCGGAUAUUGCUGCUGUAGCAAGGCGCAGUGCGAACUCUACGUUUGUGCAGCAGAUGACGACUUUAGAAAGGGGCCCUUCUGAAGUUGACUGCACGUGGGAAGCAAAUGUAGUUGAAGAGCUGGACACGUUGACACAAACAAGUAAAACAAAGUUUCAGGAGUUUGCAGACGAGAUCAACCAAAGAGCAAAAGCAGUAAUGGCUGCAGAAGCAAAGCUACGUGAAGAAACGGAACGUCAACAUAAAGAGAUAGAGGAAAAGAAACUGAAGGUAGAGACUGACAUGCAAACAGGACGACAGCAAUGGGAAGAUGAAAAGAAAUCUAUGGAGCAUAUUCAAAAAUUCCAGUCUAGUUUAGUCAAAUUGAAUGUGGGAGGCCACAAGUACACCACAUCUCUCACAACACUGAGGAGUCAACCAGACUCUAUGCUAGCAGCUAUGUUCAGUGGACGUCAUCAACUCUCGACUGAUGAAGAUGGAGCUUACUUUAUUGAUAGAGAUGGUACACAUUACAGGCAUAUUCUCAAUUACUUGAGGGAUGAUACCCAUGUUGAAGAGACUCUUCCACAAACAAAAAGAGAGCAAAUUGAGCUUCUUAAAGAAGCUCAAUACUGCCAACUGAAUAAACUUGAAACCAUCAUCAAGGAGAUAAUGGUGCCACGUUUUACUCAAGAGCAGUUGAAUUUGUGCUUUACGCAAAAUUAUCGUAGCUUCAGAGAUGAAAAUACCAUCUUAAUGGAAACAAUCAAAGAAGUGAGUAACCCAUUGUCACAAGAUGAACGUGAUUUGUCUGGAUUGGUUUUCUCAAAAACAAGUUUUCUUUGUGCUGGAAUUUCCUUCCGAAGAUCCUGUUUACGAGAAGCCAACUUCUCUGAGUGCUGUUUCUACCCUGCUUAUCCAGUCGACUUUUCUGAUGCUGAUCUAUCAGGAGCCGACUUUCGACGCUGUGGAGGUCUCACUUCAGGAGGCGCCAAUUUCAAAGGAGCCAUACUAGAUGAAGCAAAGUUUGACCAUAGUGUAAAGCGACAACUGCUUGCAAAACUACAGUCUGAUAACAAGUGAUAAAUUUGUGUGUUUCAUAGCAGCACAGCUUCAUGUGCAAGAUGGAAUGCAAAACUUAUUGAUAACCCUUAUUGUAUGUUGUUGUUGUAUUGACUAAUGGAGCAAAGCAAGAAUGUUGCUACAAAUGCAGUUUUAACUAAACCAUUGCUGUCACAGUUAACAAACACUACAGAAAGUCGUCUGACUUCGUAGCAGUCAACAGCAUGUCCAGACAGUAUAAACUGCUUAGAACUAUAAGUUAUAUCUCCAUGAAACAACCAUUAUUUGUAUCAAACUUUUAUAUAUAUUUCAUAAAUUGCUUGAAUUUGAACUCUAUGUUUCUCACAGCUUAAUAAUCUGUCAUUAAUUCAAACUGCACAAGUAGGAAAUUGUUUCAAAGCUACAGUACAGUUGAACUUGCCUAAAUACAACAGUAAUUCGAAGUGCCAGAUUAUUAGUCUCACGUAGCCAGACCACUCCUCUUUCGAACUUUAUUACUCUAACCCUGACUCUAGCCUUCCUAAUAACUCU